AUGGAAUACACUCAAUUUAUUUUUUGGAGACGAGAGGCGGAUUUUAGAGUGCCCAGACACAAGGUGGAAGGAACAAGGAACCCCUCAGGCUUCAGCAUGAGCCUUAUCCUGGGCGAUCUUCGUCCAAGUCCUCAGGAUUUAGGAGAUGACUCUGCGCCUCGGAUUGACUACACCCUUCCAGACGAUAAAAACAUGGAGAUAGGCCAAAUGUUUCUUUCCCCUUCCAUUAAUAUUCACGGCCGCAAGGGUCUGGCUACCGGUGACAUAGACUAUGUCAACAGGCUCAACCGAGGUCCCUGCUACUUGUAUGGUUGUUCAACACACAUCCGGCGACGUUCGAGCCACGAAUAG